AAUAAAAAUCAAAAAAGGAAGAGGCCAAGGCCACAAACCAAAGACCUCUCUUCUCCGGCGGUCUCCUUUUUCUCCCGGAGAAGAUGCUUCUUUAUUCCAAACUGCCAUUGCCAUACCUCUCCCCAUUUUCUUCUCCUCAAGCACCUCCACACUCAACUCAGUAUCACUGUAACCAUACGUACAAUCCCAACCAUUUUUCUUCUUCUCUUCCUCUUUCUCCUAUUCCAACCCAUGCUCAUUCCAAUCCCCCCAGAAAGUUCGGCGUUUCGUAUCGGUACUCCGGCAGCAGCGAAGACGAAGAGAAUUGUGGUUUUGACGAGGCGGUUUCCCUUUUCAACCAAAGGGAAUACUAUAAGUGCCAUGACCUGCUUGAGUCCCUAUGGAACAAAGCCGAGGAGCCUACUAGAACACUCAUCCAUGGCAUCCUACAAUGUGCCGUCGGAUUCCACCACCUAUUUAACCAGAACCAUAAGGGAGCUAUGAUGGAGUUGGGUGAGGGGCUGUGUAAGCUUAGAAAGAUGAAUUUCCACAAUGGACCAUUCUAUGACUUUGAGCAAGACAUUGAUGCGGUUCUCAACUUCAUUUACAACACUCAAAUUGAGAUGGCUGCGUGUGGUGAUGAUCUAUGUGUGAUGAUGGAGCAGUCGGAGAGGUCAUAUCUUCUCCUUGGAGGCUAUGCCGCCGGCCAGCAUGUUUAUCAUCUGCAAACAGAUUCAAAUGAAGUUGUGUAUAUAGUGUUUUGCCCUCAAAGGCAUGAUGGAUCUGCUCAGGCAUCAGGUCCAAGGGUAAGGCUUCCAGUUCUUAAAGUUGCAGAGGGCCAGCAUUUGGUCUAUGAAUAAAGUCACAGCAGGAAUCAAUGUUUUAUAUACUAAAUAAAUCAUUUCUAAUCCUUCAAAAUAGUAAGGCAUAUAGCCCGAUAUAAAGUGUAUGGCCAAAAUGAAGCUUUUUCGUUGUGGAUGAACA